GUUCUUAGUAAGUGAUAGAUCAGUGAAAAAUGCAGGCUUUAUACAUCAUGUUUGUUUUUGGAAUCUUUAAAUAUACAAGCAGUCAGUUUCUAACUAUAGGAAAUACUAGUAGAAAAACAGGCAAAUCGGCAUGCGACCCAUCAGCCAAGUCUUCAUUAGUGGAACAUUUCUUCAACAUCAUAUUCACGGAGUUCCACAAUACACCACCAGUGUGCGUCUGUGUCCAAAUGUGUCCAGAACAACCGACCUACUGUUACCCAAAUGGAUGUUUACGAAGAUCACCUACUGAGAAAAACAAGAAACUCGAUGUUCCAUUACCAGUAACUCGAGUCAGUGAGAACACUAAACCUAUUUUCUUUAUUGACGAGAAAAAUGAUUUCAUGAACGACUUUCUAUCGAAGAACUAUCUUGAUGAUGCUCCGCCGGCUUCUCCAACACCACCGUCGACAGAAAAUACAAUGGUAGCAAAUAUGCGUCCCGAUCCCUUUAAAGACAGAUACAAAAUUCUCUUUAAAUACAAGAAAAUGCCGAAAGUAGAACUAAAAUACAAUCUAGGGGAACAAGUUAAGAAUAUGAAAUCAGACAUGUUGAAACCAGAAAGUGUAGAUGUAUCAAAUACGAGAUGGCCAGUGAAUAAAAUCGACCGUCGACUAGGUGGAAAGAGGAAAGUCCAUAGUGAGCCACCCGUACAGAAAGGCUCAACUAAUCCAAGAUACUUCAUGUCCAUGUUUCCUGAUAAACAUGACAUAGCGAGCUAUCCACCAAAAUAUUACAAGCGAGAAUUAGCCAAUAACACACACAAUGAAAGUGAUGGAGUUGACAUCAAAGCAAUCUAUGUGGUAGGAAAAUCUGAAUCAGAGAGCAACGUAUUUUCAUUAGAAAAACUAAUAGACAGUUUAAUCGAAAGCAGUUUCGAUAACAAUAUAACUACUACACCUGAACCUACUACAGAAGCGGUAGAAAACAAUACAGUUGUUGCUAAAAAUAAUUCAAAUAACACUGCAGAUAAAACGAAUUCCAACAAACGUUCGAUGAAGAAUGAGACUAUGCGUGUUAUAUCAAUGAAUUUAACAAAUGAAAACAUUGACAAGAAUAAAUAUUCAGACGAUGGCAUGGCAAAUAGCUCGAUAAAUAUGAAUGACAUGAUAGCAACUCUGUCGAAGAGAAUAGAAAUACAAAACAAUACUAGUUUAGAAAUGAUGAGGAGAAUAACUGGAGAUUUCGAAUUUGAAUCGUUGAAUACUACAACUGAGAAACCUAUAGAAACCACAGAACAUAUAAAUAAUGAAGAAACCACUACUGAGUAUGCUACAACAAUGGCUACAGAGCACGAAACUAGAACAACUAGAAAGAUAAGACAGAGAAAAGUUAGGAGACUUCAUCAUACAAAAACUAAUUAG